CGGGAAGGAAAGAACACAAAGCCACCGGCCUGAGAAAAUAACCAAAAACCUCAAAGAUUCUCUCUUUGAAACCGGGAGAAAAAUGGCGGCUCUACAGAUUGACAGAGCCGGAAGCGAAGCUCGGGAAACCCUCAAAGCAUUCCAACGCAGAGCUUCCGAAGCCGAGAAACAAAUCGUCAGUGGGUUGUCCGAGUGGAGCUUGAGAACCCUGGAUGAAACUCAAUUGCAGAAUGUUCACAUGUUGGCUGCAGAUCGGCUGUCGAGACUGGAAGCUGCAUUGGCAAAUGGUGGGGAUUCAGAGCUUCUGAAGACUGUAAGUGAACUCCAAUCCAAAUUAGAGGAUGUAACUGCAGAGUUAGCUUCUGAAAAGCAGAAGGCACAGAAGCUUGCUGUUGAGAAUGGGAAGCUCGAGUACCGAGUUACACAUCUCGUCCGUUCAAUCAGGGAAUCUGACUGAAACUCUUACAAACACUUAGAUGGAUUGAUCAGAAGCUAGAUUCUGUAGUUGAUGAUGGGAGGAAUCCUGCUGUCUGUUUGAAUUAUCAUUUCUAGUAUUAUCAUCCAACUUUGUUAUUACUUAUUAGCUGCUUGGUGUUCAUCGUUCUCCUUUCAUGGCGUUCGCUUCUCUUGCAAGAAAACUUGAUCUUAUAUAUUUGUGUAUUGUUGAUACAGACUUGGUUCCCUUGUGGGAAAGAGUAGGUAGUUAUUAUGAAGUCGCCGGUUGAGGUGCCGUUUUCUUUGUUCAGAUCAGCUGAAGAAAUGACUCAAAGCUCCUAUUUUUACCUACUGAUUUGGUAGUUGGAAUUACCAAGAACAUGAAAAAAGCUACUUGAC